UUGACAGACCUCGUGCGGACAGUGAUGACCGCACGCUUUCGAUUGCCUGCUGGCAGAACCUACAAUGUACGAGCAUCAGAGUUGGCACGAGACAGGCAGCAUACAGAGGUGGUUUGUAAUGUUCUUCUCUUGGACAACACUCUUCAGCCCUUCAAAGUUAAUAAAAAUGACCAUGGUCAGGUUCUAUUGGAUUUAGUGUUUAAGCAUCUGGAUUUGACGGAGAGAGAUUAUUUUGGAUUGCAAGUAGCCGACGAUUCAACUAGCAACCCAAGGUGGCUUGACCCAAACAAACCAAUCCGGAAGCAACUUAAAAGAGGUUCUCCCCAUAGUCUGAACUUCAGAGUCAAAUUCUUUGUUGGUGACCCAAGCAAACUUCAGGAAGAAUAUACAAGGUAUCAGUUUUUCUUGCAGCUUAAACAAGACAUCUUUACUGGAAGGUUGUCUUGCCCCUGUCAUACUGCAGCCCUUCUUGCCUCCUAUGCUAUUCAGUCUGAACUGGGGGAUUACAGUCACUCAGAGCACUUACCAGGCUACCUCACAGAAUGUACUUUUCUUCCUAACCAGCCUCACGAAUUUGAGAAAGAAGUUGCAAAACUACAUCAGCAGCACAGUGGCAUGUCUCCUGCAGAGGCAGAAUUUAGCUACCUGAAUACAGCACGGACGUUAGAACUCUAUGGAGUUGAAUUGCACUAUGCAAGGGAUCAGAGUAACACUGAAAUCAUGAUUGGUGUGAUGUCAGGAGGUAUUUUAAUUUACAAAAACAGGGUACGAAUAAACUACUUUUCUUGGCUGAAGAUUGUGAAAAUUUCUUUUAAAUGUAAACAGUUUUUUGUCCAGCUUAGAAGAGAUUUGCAUGAAUCCAGAGAAACUUUACUGGGAUUCAAUAUGGUAAAUUACAGAGCGUGUAAAAAUUUAUGGAAGGCAUGCGUUGAAUAUCACACGUUCUUCCGUUUAGACAGACCACUGCCUGCUCAAAAGAACUUUUUUGCACAUUAUUUUACGUUGGGGUCAAAGUUUCGGUUCUGUGGGAGGACAGAGGUCCAAUCUGUGCAGUAUGGCAAAGAGAAGGCAAAUAAAGACAGAGUGUUUGCAAGGUCGCCUAGUAAACCACUGUCUCGGAAGGUGAUUAGUGGGAUGGAUUGGGAUAUAAUAAGCAGGAAGUCACCUUCAGAUGAGAGACUUGAAACACAGUCUCUUCCUUCCAGAUCUCCACCUGGCACUCCAAAACAUCGAGCAUCUGCAUUUGGGCAGGAAGGCACAAGAUUAAGACCUUCUUCUGUUGGGCACUUAGUUGACCAUGUGGUCCAUAUCUCUCCAAGUGAUGUCUUUGCUAACCACAGGUCCCCGUCAUCCACACAGGCUAACAGCAUCAUUCUGGAGACUUCACCGUCACAAGAAGCUACCACAGAUGGGAUUCCUCCAGCAUUACCACCAAAACAGUCUAAGAAGAGCAAUGUGAACCAGAUUAACCAUACACUGUCCCAGCAAGAUCUGGAUAACCAUAUUAAUGAAGUUUAUGAUAUACCUUCGGCAUCCGAAAAAUCAACACCUAAUGGCAUCAUUCCCCAUGACAACUUAGUUAUUGUAAGAAUGAGACCUGAUGAAAAUGGAAGAUUUGGCUUUAAUGUAAAGGGUGGGUCUGAUCAAAAAAUGCCUGUAAUUGUGUCUCGUGUAGCUCCCGGAACACCGGCUGAUCAGUGUGUUCCUCGUCUUAAUGAAGGUGACCAGGUUGUGCUGAUCAAUGGGAGGGAUAUAGCUGACUACACACAUGACCAGGUUGUCUCCUUUAUAAAAUGCAGCUGUGAAAACAACUCCAAUGAACUCAUUCUUUUAGUUCGUCCCAAUGCAAUCUAUGAUGUCAUAGAAGAAAAGCUAGAAAAUGAGCCUGAUUUUCAGUAUAUUCCAGAGAAAUCUCUGGAUGGAGUCCACCAUGAUGAGAAUGGUUUAAAGGAAUCCAUGGUGCACCUCAAAGAUGGACUUAAAAGCGGAGCUGUUCUUGCUCAAUUUGAUCAACUGUAUAGAAAAAAGCCUGGAAUGACGAUGUCUUGUGCCAAAUUACCUCAAAAUGUUUCCAAAAACAGAUACAGAGACAUCUCGCCUUAUGAUGCAACACGGGUUAUUCUGAAAGGAAUGGAUGACUAUAUCAAUGCAAAUUAUAUCAAUAUGGAGAUUCCUUCCUCUAGUAUAAUAAAUCGCUACAUUGCCUGUCAAGGCCCAUUACCGAACACAUGUCCAGACUUCUGGCAGAUGAUGUGGGAGCAGUGCUCAUCUCUAGUUGUAAUGUUGACUACUCAAGUCGAACGUGGAAGGGUGAAAUGCCACCAAUACUGGCCUGAGCCUUCUGGAGAUGCUGCAUAUGGUCAUUUUCAAAUUACCUGCUUUUCAGAGGAUGGAAAUUCUGCAUUCAUUUGUAGAGAACUUAAUGUAAUUAAUGUAGAGAAAAAUGAAAGCCGUCAGUUGUCCCAAAUCCAGUAUACAGCAUGGCCUGAUCAUGGGGUUCCAGAUGAUUCAAGCGACUUCCUGAACUUUGUGUCAUUAGUCAGAAGAAAGAGAAAUGACAAAGAUGAACCAGUUGUUGUUCACUGCAGUGCAGGCAUUGGCCGAACAGGAGUUCUUAUUACUAUGGAAACAGCUAUGUGUUUGAUUGAAUGCAAUCAACCUGUAUACCCACUGGAUAUUGUCAGGACAAUGAGGGAUCAGAGAGCCAUGAUGAUUCAGACACCUAGUCAGUACAGAUUUGUUUGUGAAGCUAUCCUUAAAGUAUACGAAGAAGGACUGGUUAGACCAUUAAAGACAACACCAUGCAAAUAGAAAGGGGUCACUGUUUUUUAUUAUGGAAUCAAAUUCCUUUAUAUUGUCAUUGGAGCCUGAACUGCCGGCAACUUUCAUGGUGCCAUAAACUCUGUUCGCAUUAACUGCUACUUCAGAACAACACUGAUAGAUGGAAAGUCUGCCAAGUCAAGCUUCAGCAUUAAGCACUGUUGCACUUUAAGUUAGGAGAGCAAGAAGGAACUACAUUUUUGUUGAAUGCUUUUGAGAGACUACAGUAGUUUCAUGAUUUCCUUGGGAGAGACUAUGCUCAUAGUGCAUUUUUUGGGAACUUAACAGAAUUUCUGUUAUGCCAUAUGUAUGUAAAUUGUCACUGCAGUCCCAUAUACUCACAUAGUUAAGAUGCCCUAAUUUCAGCAGUCACACAAGGUUUGAAAUUUAUACUUUGAUCUUUUGUUUUAAUAGUCUCAUUAGAAAGCUUUUGUCAUCAGAAUCCAUUGCUAAGAGUCACCCAGAUUACUUCAUGCCUGUUACUUCGUUUAAAUGGUCAGACCUAUAAUUCCCCUGCCUAGUAAUGGAAAGUAUGCUAUUAACUUGGUUGUCUUGUGAAUUUUCUGUCUUUUUUGGAUCUGAUUUUCACCUGAAAGGAAUAAAUGUGUGUGUUUUUUAUUCAUUUCAAACUCGCCACUUCAAAAAAAUCAGGUUAUAUGACCAGUUCAUAUAGCUAAUACUGCUUCAUUAAAACCCAAAUGUUUAGAUCAUUAUAGAAGUAGCAGUCUUGUAUUGAUUUAUAAUCCUUUUGGCUUUACAGUUGAUGUGGAAUCAAACGUGUCAUCUUAUAGCCGUUGCUUACUGGAAUGGCAGGCACACAGUAGGAAAUAGUGUAGUCUGUCUGUUGAGUGCAUUAUGUUAUAAUGUUUACAUUUUACCACCAUAACAAUGUGUUUACAGACUGUUAAUCUCAUUUUUGCGUGUGUGUCCUUGUCUCUAUUUUUGAGUUGUACUCACUACUUGUAUGUCACAUUUGUUGUGUUGAGUAUGAUAAUUUUUAAUCAGCUUUCUAGUCACUUUUUGAUAAAGUUACUGUAAGUAGCCCCAAUGAAAGUCAGACAUUUCAGUGAUUCAGCUAGCUUUUUGCUAGACAGUACAAAGGAGCAGUUAGCCAUGACAGGGAUUGCAUUAGGGCUAGACAAUGGCACACCUUGAGUAAGUUGAAACUCAGCUAUGAAUAAGUAUUAAUUUGUCAUUACCCAGCCCAAGUGCCUUAUGAGGAUGAAGCAUGUCUUUUUAAAUUGCUGAACGUUGUGUAAAUCUGUAGUUGAUGCUAAUUUGAAGUCAAGUACAAAAUGUGUUUACACAUAAAGAGAGAGCCUAGAUUUUACAGUUAAUAUGGAAAGGUUCCAGAUUUUUCUUAAUGUAGUUCAGUAUUUAUUCUAGGCUAACAUAAUACUAGGAUUCCAUGUUGUAAUAGAGAAUUUCUUGUUCAGCUGGAUAAAAUGCAGUGAGAUACCCUCCAGUUGUUUCCAAUAAUACAUGUCUAACAAGUUAAUUGUAGAUGGAACCAAGUCUUGGGUCUAAAUUAUCAUAUGGGCUGUAUUUUGGAAAGGGAAGUAGUUAUGGGUGCAUUUGUAUAAGUUGUGUACAUGCGUUUCAUGUUAUUUGAACUAGCGAGUCGCCCAAUUUGAAAUUGGUCAUUGGAAAUUUCAUAUUUGUUUAAACAAUUUUUUUUAACACCUCACAGUCUUAAGACAUUAGUUAAUAUCCGGUGCAUUUAAUUGCAGGAAGGUUUAGAAUGUUUCAGUUGUAAUAGCCACAUGAAGUACUUGAGAGUAGAAAUGUGGUGCGGCUUAGAUGCUGCCAUUUCAUCUAGUACUUCAGUACUUUAACAGUACUGCUGAAUUAUGCUAGGGGCUGUAUUUCACAUUGUAGCUGUGAAUACCUUUUCUAUGGUUUCCAUUGCCCAGACAUAUAUCUUUCAGUCACUUGCAUGUUUAAAACCUUGCUGCAUGUUGGACUUGUAGGAAUCAGUUCUUCCUUCCAUUAAGUGCAUAUAAACUUAAACUUUCCAUUCCUCUGGUUGAGAGAAAAGGUGCAAGAAUAUUCCAUGUCCCCUUUUAUCUUUGUUUCCUUUCCUUGACUCUCUGAUGUUCUUUAGCCCAGGCUUAGUAGAUUUCCUUUAAAAUGCUGGUUAAGUUGAGGACAUUGUGAGAAGGCACACAUUUUAAAGGUACCUUUAAAGCAUCUGCACUAUUAGUCUUGAAGAAGCAAUGCCAUGUGGGUUUUCAGCUUGCAAAUAAAAAUACUGCCACAGUGUGUUUACAGCAUUAAAAAUACUUUAACUGGAAAACUGUUUCAAUUUGCUUCUAGUAGAAUAUAUAACACAAAUUACUGCCAAAGCAUUUAUUUUAAUAUUAUUUGGAGUGACUGGGGGGGGGGGGGGCUACAACUGAAACAAUAAUUGUACAGUGUAUUCCUUUAGUAUGUUUUUUUUUUCUUAGCAUACAUAUGGAGUAUAAUACAACCUGUCCACUUAGUGGGCAUAUAGGAAUUCUGGAGCUAAAUUUGUUUUCUUUUAAUUAGAAGGUUGAGCAAACUUUUAAAAAAGUCACUGAAAAAGUAAAAGUAUGAUUUCAAGUGAUCACAUUUCUGACUUUCUGUGACUGUUGGAUUCAUAGAAGUGAGUGUGCAUUUUGUCAGGAAUUAAGUAAGCAUUAUAAUGCCAUUAUUGAUGGCCUUGAACAGGUGUCCCCAAGUGGUGUAAAUUAAUGUAACAAGCUUAUGUAUUUCAUAUGAAAAUAUAUAACAAUGGCUACAGUCUUGUUUGUUCUCUUUGCACAUUCAUACAUUUUGUCAUUGUGUAUAGCUAUAAAUAUAUAUACAACUGUCUAUGUAAAUAAAAUGCAGAAAGACAUUUCUUAAAUUAAGAAAGUUUUUAAACAUUAUGCCUUACCAUGCACCACAAAAAAUAUUAUUUUAAAGACAUGUCAUUUUUGGCACCUGGCACUAUAUUCAGACCACAAAAUGGUGGUUUAAAUGGCUUUAAGAUAUUUUUAUAUAGCCGGAUCAAAAUCUGAUUGCUGUAAUACUCCCUGGGGUUUCAGAUCUCUGUAUUGUUUAUUUGACUGAAAAAUUAUUUUUUGUGUGUCAUGCUGUGCAAAAAAAAAAAAGAAAAAAAAUAUGAAUGUAUUUGUCAUUGGAUAUGCUAAAUUGCAGAUGGGUUAGAGAAAUGACUGUUUGAUUUUAUGGAUAAUUAUUUUUCAUACCAUUUGUUUAAAAAAGAAAAAAAAUACAAAACAAAAAAAAAACUUUGUAACACUUCCAUGAUUUGAAAUCUUGCAGGUUUAAAGUGUUUUUGUGUAAAUAAGAGCAAUAUUAUGAAUAUUGUCAGUCUAGUGCCAAUGUGUUAUGUACAUAUUGUUUUUUUUUUGCGUACUGCUGAGACAUGCUUCUUGUCUGUAAUAGUGUUUUUUUUUUUUUUAUUCUUAAGUUGUUUCCCUUAAAGCAUGAUAUAAGGUCCUUUAACUACUAGGUCAUAGCAGGCAUCCACAGACAUGUAUGUCAACAACAGCCAUGCUCUAAAAUUUAAUGUUAAUAUUUAAAGGAAAUCCUAAAAUUAAAUUUAUGACCACAUAUCUUUGUGAACAUAAGCAUGUUUCUGUAUGAGCCACACAUUCUGCAGUAUAGUAUACCGAAUUAUGGGAUUAUGAGCUAAUAACUUUUCACUUUAAAACUAGAUACUUAAUUCUCAAAGGUGCAGUGUGUGUACAAAUCUGCCUUCAUGCAUUUGAUCUAUGCUGUACAUCAAAGACCAUUUCUAAAUUACAUCUUUCCCUCUAUCUUCAUCACUGACUGUACUUUGUUGUAGCCAAGAAUAGCUAUGUGAGAAAUACAAAUAAGAACGUGACUAAUCUUGAAUUUGAAAUCUGUACUAUGUAUUUAGAUGUUUACCACAAAGAUUAAGGCCUUCUUCUGAGGCCUAAAUUAUAUGUCUGAUGAAUACUUUUGAAUCUUAAAACCAGCAAAAAAGCUCCAAAUGUCUUUGCUCAGGAAAUCUUUACUAAAACAAUACAGUUAAGUCCUUUUGUACAAUAUAUAGUAAUCAUGGACUGAACUGAUCAAAUGUAGCUAAUGAAAAUGAUAUAUGAACAUUGCUCUGACAUUGAAGAAAUGCAACAAAUGCCCUUUUUAAACAUUCACACUUGUGUAUGAAUUUUUAUGAAAAUUUGAUUUGUCUGAAAGUGGAGGUCCAUGAAAGGACAGACUUGAGGGUGAAGAAUUAAUUUGGCAACUAAAACAAACAGUUCUAAAUUUAUAGGGAUCGUUGAUUGUUUCUGUUUGAUGUCUUUAAAAAUGAAGUCUAAUUUUCUUUAGGUCAUUGUGUUUUUUGAUAUUGAAUUAUUUUAAUGUAUAAUUUUGUUGUAACAUUUUUAUUGGUUUGUAGUGGUCAAGCGGCAAGGUAAAGUUUUUAUUUUAAACUGAUCAGUUUUUUCUAUGUUUCCAGAUUUGAAAGUCUGUAAUUAAUGUAUACUGGGCCAAAGCACUCAACUGUCUUCUUGAUCAAAAACAUUUGGAGGUUGUUUCUGGGACUGAGUUUUUUUUUUUUUUUUUUUUUUUGUUAUUGCUUCAGAGCUGGUUAUUUACUUUGAAGCUAAACCAGUUUCAUUUCUGGACAUCAUGUGAUGCCACAGGCACCCUCCGUACUCUCAUCUUGGUCACUGUGAUUACCAUUAGAUCCAGACAGUGCUUGUGUAGCAGAAUUUGAGGAUAUUUUAAGGCCAACUAUCAAGCUCACUACUGAUAUUUUUUGUUGUAAAUAAGAUGUAGGCAGCCAAGCUUUAUUUGCUCUUUCCCACUAUUACUACUUUUCAUGCAGUCUUUCAAAAGCUUCUAAAUGUUUACCUGUGCCCUUUUCAUCAAUCAUAUUUGAACAUCACUGAUUUUUUUUUCUUGGAGUAUAUGAAAAAACCUCUUCUUCCUGCUUUGUCAGCUUGUAUUGCUGAUGUAGACUGAGAGCCUAAAGACAUUUAAUUGAGCUGAGUUAAAUGCCUUUUCAUUCUGGCCUGGUCUGAGACCUGUUCCACACAAUCCAGUCACAGGAAGAACAUAUUGUUUUUAUAGUAGUCCUCACCUGCUCAUCAUAGGCAGUGUGCCAGAUCUUAGUAUCUUGCUGACCAUGCUUUCCAGCUUGUGUAUAUUGUAUUUAUGCUUUUUCCCCUGAAAAGAGGCCAGUAGCAUAGUGUGACUAAUUUGGUUAACAAAGGAUAAAUAAAUAUAAUAGUCCUUCAACUCAUCAUAGGAUAGGGUUAGAUCUUAGAGUGUCCUCUUACUCAGCACUGACAGGGUGCCCGUGCCAGAUCCUAAGUGUAUCUUGCAUAACAUCAUUGUCAUGAAUCCUUUGUCAAAGAACUGCAGUGUUAUCUCUAUUGCUGUCACUCUAUACCUAUUGACUUUACAGGGCGGAUGGAAUGAAUCCUUACAAUUUGAACAGUGAUUCCAUUAUUAGCCAGUAUGCUGAUGACUUAUCUACUUCCUUUGCAUCAUUAGUAAUUCUUCAGAAGAAACUUGUUCUCCAAGACCAAAGAUUGUCACCCUCUCUCUUUUUGUAGAACAAAAUCUUAGUCCUGAUGGGGGGAGCUAGCAAAUGUUCUGAACAAUUAGGAUGGAAAUUGUCUUUUUAUCUAAAGUAUUGAAAAUAAAAAUUAUGUAAACACAAUAACAGCUAGAGUCAACAAUACAGUAUUUUAAUUAUCUUAAUUUUGAAAUGAAAGUAAAAUCAGUUUUCACUAGUUGUAGAAUAGUUUUGUCCACCAAAAGAGCUCAUGCUUCAGUGGAAAUGUCCCACUUCAGUAUCUGAAAUGGAGCAACUGUAGUUGGCAAACUCUUACUUGAUGACCAUCGCAAAUAUGACUGACGUGAUUCAUUUUUUCAUCUAGAGGAAUAAGAAACUGCACUGACUUUGAGAUGGAUCUGUUCUGUUGUCUUCCACAAUUCUGCAAGCAUGCUUGCCAGGCUGUUCCUCCUCACAUUUUUAAGUAUUAGAUCACUUGCCUCAGCUUUGAGAUUAAGAAUGGGAAAACAGCAUACUAACUAGACUGUACUGAAUUUCUUAGCAGUCCCAAAGUUCUGCAAAAUACUGCCUUUGAGUUCCACUGCUGCAAUGUGGCAUCUUCUGGAGAAGAUAGAAGCCAUGCAUUGUAGUACAGAUAACACGCAGUGCCACAGUGCUUUAUUUAUUUUGCUGCAUAGCUCAACAUAGAUUUGAUAUGUUUUUUUUAGACUACAAGUAAUGUUGUGGUUGUUUGCGCACAAGCAUUCUCUGACCUGUGGUAAGGAGGCCACAAGGAUUGACUUUAGGAAUAUUGGCAAUAGACAGUUAUUAGUCACACCAUUUUACAGUGUUGCACAUACCUAGGUAAGAUACAAAA